UACAGUUUUUUCAGUUUUCACUUUUCGGUUUCCCGUCUCGUGUCGUACAUUACAGUAUCUGUGUAUGAUUUUGAUAGCGGGAUUUUUUCAUGUUUUGAAAAUUAUACCGUUGGGUUUUUACGAAUUUCAGCUAGAAUUUGAUCUCCGAAGAAUCUUUAAUACAUCACUCGCUACCAGCAUUCCCUCUACGUAUUGACACCAUGGCUGAUAAGACGAAAGAAUCGAAGAAAGACGACACCACCAAGGACGCCAACGCCACAGGCGACACCGAGCCCAAACGGUCCCGCGUCGCCGAUCUGCUCUUCCUGGAUGAUGAUGAUGAUUUUGAGGAGUUCCCCCAGGAGGACUGGGGGAAGGCCGACGAGAACAAGGACGACGAGAAGGCCACGGCCUGGUCGGAGAAGUGGGACGAUGAUGAGCUGGAGGAUGAGUUCAGCAAGAAACUGCAGGCCGAACUGGAGAAAAUGAAGACCACCCCCAAGGCCCCCGCGGGGACGGUGCCCAUGUCCCAUUGAUCAGCUGGAUCUGGUGGUUUUGGGUAGUUUCUAAUAGUUGGAGGAGCGAUGGGUCGUCUCUGCUUGACGAUCUCGCGCAGGUUCUCGAAGUUAGUUGAUGGCCUAGUGGUUUUGAGCAACAGUGGAAUUCAGUGAUGUAUGUCGUUUAUAUUAUACCAAUAAAUGCCAGAACGCAGUGU